CGCCUUCUUUCUUUCUCCCGUCUCAACUCUCGAUUCUUAUCAGCGCUAGUCAUCGUCAUCACUCAGUAGACUCGCGCUUGAGCUACCGGUUUCAAAACAGCAAGAUUCAACAAUUACAUUGUCCAUUAUAAAAUGGAUAGACUUUUUUCGGACCCAAGUCUGUUAGUAUGCCCAGAUUUCAUGAGCGCGCGGUAUCAGGCCACACGUACGGCUAUGAUCACGCCUAACGUUACCGAAGCUCAAGCAGCUGAGACGUUAUGCACCACUUGGGUACUAACCAAUGAAGAUUUGUGCCUUCAAUGGCAAGAACAGGUAGUCGAAGAUGAACGACUAAGUGCUGAACGCAAGUGCUUAGCUGAUGAAGAAGCCGAACAUGAGCAUCUGGCUCUUCAGCUAGAGGAAAACAUGGCACAGGUGGAUGAGAAGAAGAAGAAUCAGUCCAAACACUCUACAAUUACCUUGAGGCCCUAUAGUGGGAAGUAUGUUGAGCUUUACUACUGGAUGAAUCAAGGACUCAAUGAUGCAUUAAUCAACUAUUGCACUUGGGAUGAUGACAGUAUGGUUCCAUCCAUUGGGGAAGAUGGUUCUACAGUAUGGGUUAGCACAGCAACCUCAAAGCCUGCAACAGGAGUCAUAGUGGAUAGAGAUCUCUCGCCAGUAGACUUUGCCCAGGCUAUUCCGUGCAUAAUGGCAGCCAUUGAAGAAUGUGACUGGACUAAGCAGCGUGUCUUGAUGCUUGCUCAAUUCUGGGGAGCUAUCAUGCUCCAUUGUUACUGGAACUCCAAUGAUCUGUUAGCUAGAUGUGUGAUUCUUCUCUAUCAAGAAGAGCAGCGUUGUGCUUGGCAUAGUGCCAUCCUUUCAUCCAACGGUGCAUGGGACAUAUCCAUCAUAGAUGAACCCACUCUUGUAUGA